UGCAUCAUGUGACCUUCAUAUUGCCAACCAGAUAAGUAUGGAGGUAGGGGAGGAGCCGCGGUACCAUCAACGGGGCGGCCGACGGCUCAUGGACCCAGCCUACACCCCGGACAUCGGCCACCUCGUCCACCGAAGCGGCCCCGUCCAAGAGAGCAAGGCGGCUAAAUCAGCCAGAGCACGUCUUGCCGAAGUGCUGAGCCUCACUAGGACGGCGAGCCGACUCCGCCAAGUCACACAAAGAAAGAACUCCCAAUUGGCAGGAGAGAGGGGAUACUUAGUCGGCAACGUUAGGCAGUCCAGUGUUAGCAAAGUGCCAGAGAGGAAGACAAUGCCCUUUGCUAGAAAUGCCAACGUGUCUGUCCUACACGUGAGGAGUGUUUCGGAGCCAUGGGAAGUUAAAAGCAGUGUGUAUUCAGCCCCGAAUUACGGAUACGAUAAUUAUGCAACCAACUCUUACAACAGAAGAAUAGGAAGAGCUGGGAGCUUAGGCAUAAAUGAAAGUAGCAGAGAAUUGUCUCCCGUUCGAUGGCAUGACAGAGAGGUUGACGGUGUCUUUCUGGGACGAUCCGGAUGGGUUCAAGUACAACAGGGUGCUCAAAUCAAUAGGGAACCUCCGGUUGACUCUCAUCCACAGCAACAUGUUACUAGAAUUAAAAUGGCGGACUACCACUGUAGCAAAAGUGAACCGGGAAAAUUACAACUUGAACCACAAAGACCCGGCUAUUUGCCUCUUCCGGGAGUGUCAGGGAGAAGAGGGAGGGCAUCUCCGUCGUCUUUGGAUUUAACACGAGAAGAACCUAUCACACCACCUCCACCGACGCCGAUAUUAUCACCUCCACCAGCAUUUCAGGACAUAAAGUACAGAUCAUCCCCUAGACGAGCACAACCGUUUCUUUCAAGAAGCAAUGCCAUAGAAUUAUCCCCUCCUCCAUCACCACCUACAUACAGGUUAUCACCAUGUACUUCAAUGUCUAGAAAAAAGCUGACACCUUCACCUGUAAACUUCCCUCAGACAAAAUCUUUGGAAGAAAGCGUAAAUAGGCGGAUUAUGUUCCAAAAGCACGAUUCGUCUUCGUCUUCUUCUAGCAGUUUCGGCUUUCGAUCGUUGGACAGCGGUUUGAUACAACAUCCAGUCGUGAUGCCGAAGUUGAAAGAGCUGACCGACUCAUCCCUCGGUGGUUACGAAGACGGAGACGAAGAAUCUCUAACCAUGAGCGACUACUCUACGCUGACACUCAUAAAUUCGCCGGACAUCGACAGAAUCUCGCCUUCCAGCAAAAGUAAACAGAGAAUCAGAAGAUCCCCUGGCUCCGACGUCAAAAACGGGUCUCCUUGCUCGUCGUCUUCUUCGAACGAUUCAGGUCCUUUCAGGAGAACAGGUUCCUCACAGAGUACCCACAGGGGAAGAUCACCGCGUUCACUAAUGAUGGAUCAGCAAAUGAACAACGGCCGCCAAAACAGCAGAGAAUCCAGAGAAAACAGGGAAAGCAAAGAGAGCAGGGUUCGGCGGUCGAGAAGUCUGCAACUUCCUGAAAGAUGUUCACCGUGCCAUCCCGGACCAACUGUCCUGCUACCCACCAUGACAAGUGGUCGACCCUUGCGACAAUCCUUCCAUCCUAGAUCUGCACAAUCGGAAGACAUGGCUAUGGACCCUGAUUUCCAACGGGAAACCGAGGAGGAAGCGAGGAUAGUUGCUGAAUUCGUACAAGGCGUCAGAAGCAGAGAUGCCGCGAGGUCUCUGCUAAGGCAUCGGUACAUAGAACAAGACGAAAAGCUAGCGGGUCACGGCCGGCCGCAAAUCCAACAGCCAAGUAUGCUACUGGCUCGCAACCAAAAAGGAAGGCCUCUGCAAAGAGGAGUUACAACUCCGAGUGGUCGGCUUCAAGCAGCCGGAUGCGAUUACUGGCUCCAUUGUCCUCACACCAAGCCGCCAACAACGCCUCAGAUCUCAUCGCCUCUGACGAACAUGAGGCUUUCACACAGUUAUCCAAAUCAGAAAGGGGUUUCGACAGCAAGGGAAUACUCAACUAGGUCCUCACCCGCCUCUUUGGAAAAGGUCAACGACGCUUCCCACAGGCAGAGCCGCGGCAACGACUUUAACGUUCUAGGUCAGGAAGACGGUGAAUUCAUCAGAAGGCAAAGAUACAGAAGAUCGCAAGAUAGUAACGAUGUAUGGCACGUGUCAGCGGACCGUAGCCUCACACGUUCGCCGAGAAUCAGGUCUUCUGCAGCAUCCACUCCCGAAGAUAGACCGGGCUCAGCGCCGGCUGCUCAAAGAUCCCGUUACCCUUCAGGACGUGUCGAUAAUACACAAAGGUCUCUUUCUCUUCCCAAGUGUUUCCAAACGAGUCGAGAACUUCCGAGGCUACCUACCAACCAUAUGUCUGGGAUAAAUUACAAUGAUGGAGCUGAGUUUUUGGUUCAUCAAAGUACCACUAACAGUCCAGUGCCAGUGGUAGGAAUUCGUCCUUUGACGCCAGAAAUUUCCAGGACUGCACCACCCACGCCAGUACGUGAACUUAAUCCUGAUCAUUCUAUCGGUAGUUUAACAAAAGACUACAAAUUCUCCAGUGCCCCAAUUCUGGAUAUCGGUGAUUGGGAUGAUAGUUAUACCAUAGAUGAAGAUAAUUCAAAGGGUAAUGAGAUAUUAAAUGGCCAUUACGACAAAAAAGAAGAUUUCAAUCAUGAAUCGAAAACCCUCUCACAAUCUGUUAUUCAGAAAUUUAGAAAAAACUUCACAAUCAAGUUUACUAAAAAAGGGGGACAUGGGAAAGAUGAUCAGGACACAGAUGAUGUAGAAAAUGAACAGGUAAAUUCUUCGCCUACACCUUACAAUCAUAAAGAAGAAACAUCAGUGGAACGAUUCAGAUUUGGGCCGUUAGUGUGGAGGAGUAGCAAGGAAAGAAAAAGGAAUAAAAAUGUAGGAAGAUCUUCUAAAUGCAACAGUGGUGAUAGUGGGAUCCAAGUAGAAACUAAUAGUAUAGUUGGAGCGAUAGAAGAUUCAUCUGAAUCACACGAUACGGAUAAUGCUACCGAAGAGAUAGAGAGCCCGCCAAUCGUACGGCGUAGAGGAGUGAAAGGGCUCUCAUGUGAUAUUAAGCUUUCUAGACCAAAUUCCGAUGUCAGUAAUAAGUUUCUUAUAGAGAGAAUGAAGGCUGAAUUAGAUUUGCGAAAGCAUUCACACAUUAGAAUAAGAAGGACGUAUUCUGAUUUUGGUGGUCAGAAAAUGUACAACUGGGAAAUGAAACAUGGUUACAGGAAAACUCAUCAAUCUCCUCUUCGUAAUAAACCAUGUCGUGCUAACAGUAUUAGCAAUAGUAGUAAUGGCAGCAAUAAUAGUAGAAUCUGGAAAAGGCCUUACCACAAAAGUGUAACAUUGAGGAGAUCAAUUAGUCAACCCAUAGGUUUAAACGAUUAUAGCUCUCCUGCUAGCAUAAGAAAGUUUGUUACUGGAACAAGUCCAAGAAUAUUAAGUGAAGAUGAGAGAUGUGGAGGGACUUCUGAUGAUGAUAUUAUGUCAGACUCAGAAUCUUCUGUUACUUCAGCGACAGGCAAAAAAAAAUCAUUCGAACAGGUCAUGGAAGAUGAUUGGUUGAUUCUGGCUGAAGCAGUUUGGGAUCAUGUUGCAAUGGAGCCGGAAGAAUUACCUUUUCGUGCUGGAGAUGUUAUUGAAGUGAUGGACACUUCAGAUCAAGAUUGGUGGUGGGGAGCUAAUGGUGAAAUGUUAGGUUGGUUUCCGUCUGCAUUCGUUCGUCUCAGGGUUAGUCAGGAAGACACGGUCGAAGAUUGUUUGGCAGCUGUUGCUGCAGGAAAAGCGUCUCACACCUUGAGAAGAAAAGCGAGUGUGUCUCUGUUGUCAAAUGAUCAAGUUAGAUCGAGAGUUCUCACUGAAUUAAUUUAUACAGAAAGAGAUCUUGUAAAAACUCUCAGAGAUAUUAAAGAGGGGUACCUGAAUGAAUGUCGUAAAAGAACAGAUAUGUUUUCUGAUGACCAGUUGAAAACUAUAUUUGCUAAUUUAGAGGAACUUCUUACAUUUCAAGAGAAUUUCCUUAGCGAUUUGGAAAUGAGAGUUAACUGGGACGCUCCUUACAAAAGUUGUAUCGCUGAUGUUUUCCUAAAUCAUUGUGAAGGUUUUAAAACUUAUUCAGAUUACUGUAAUGCCCAUCCUCUUGCUAUAGCAACGUUACAAGAUCUUUAUAAACACAACGGUUAUGAACAAUUUUUUGAAGCAUGCCGAUUAAUGCGAGGGCUUAUGGAAAUACCACUUGACGGUUAUCUCUUGACCCCUGUUCAGAGAAUUUGUAAAUACCCUUUACAAUUAGCAGAACUCCUCAAGUACACGAAAAUCGACCAUGACGACUAUAAGAAAAUUGAAAACGCCUUAGAAGCAAUGAGAGAUGUAGCACUUUUGAUCAACGAGAGGAAACGGAGAAUGGAGAGCUUAGAAAAGAUCGCUAUUUGGCAAGCAAAAGUUGAAGGAUGGGAGGGGGAGGAACUAAUUGCAAGAAGCAGUCAGUUGAUCCACCAAGGCGAAGCACUAAAAGUAACAUCUGGAAUGUGGACAUCAUCCAUUAGAAUAUUUCUUUUUGAUCAUCAGAUGGUUUAUUGUAAAAAAGAUAUGUUAAAAAGAAGCACCUUAAUUUAUAAAGGAAGGAUAUGUAUGGAUACAUGUCUUAUAGUCAAUCUUGCUGAUGGGAAAGAUUCGACGACAGGAGCCUCAGUUAGAAAUGCUAUUAAAGUUUCGCUGCCUUUUGAAAAAUCACUAAUUUUUUGCCUCAGAACAGCUAAAGAAAAGUCAGAAUGGUUAGAGGCAUUUGUUCAAGAAAGAAAAUUAGUUAAACAGGAUUUAGCAGAAGGUAUAGAUUUUGAACCUGCAGCAAGAAGGUUAGCUAGAGCUGCAGCUUCAAGAGUCACUAUAAGCCUUCCACUGAAACGGGAAAGUAAAGCGUAUGUAAGAAGCAAUACAUCAGGAGCAUUACACGGUACAAACGAUAGAUUAACUAGAACUCAUCGGAAGUACUCAAUGGGCCGUAAAGUUGGUUCGUGGUUCCAUUUCGGUGCCACUAAGAAAUUGAGACAACUCGGCAAAGUUGUUUAUGAUACUUAAAACUAAUUCGUUUAAUUGUAAAAUAUAAAAAAAAACUCUAGUCCAUAACAUUGUUUUUUAUGUAAAUGUCAUUCAGAACAAAUUGUUUGUAACUUUUUAAAAUGGUGAUACAUAUCAAUGUUUUAUAUAAAUGUGUUUCAUAACGGGGAAUUGUUAUCAUUCCAAAAUUUACUAGAGUAGACUGUGAUCUGUAAUUUUACAAACCAAAAUUCUUAUACAAAGUUGUAUCAAUUUUUUCCACAUCUUUGAAGCUGGAAUUCUUAGAGUUUUAAAUUAUAAUCAAUGUGAAUUUUUAAAUGUUAAAUGCAAAUUUAAUCUAGAACGUAAGUAGUUGUUUUUUUAAAGUAAUUUAGUUAACGGCCCCCAUGAAUAAUGCAUGCCAAGUAUAAGACUGAGGCAUUUUAUUAUGGAAUAUAAAGAGAUUGUAUCUGGAAUUUUUCUCUUUCCAAGUUAAAAUUUGUAAUAUUUUAAAUGUAAAACAAACUGUUUACAAUAUAAAAAAUAAAUA